GAUUUUGGGUUUAAUGGUGCGUGCAAAUGCGAGCGAACAGUGCCAUUUUCGGUACGGCGAGCUCUAGUUUUUGGUGGGAAGAAUAGCAGAGCAGCACUGCGUCUCCAUUUCCAACUGAGCUUCGAAUUCGAUCGACAGAAAUUAGAGAAGGAUGUUGUUUCAGGUGGGAGGGCAAGGGACUCGUCCCACCUUCUUCGAGAUGGCCGCCGCUCAGCAGCUCCCCGCCAGCCUUCGUGCUGCUCUCAYCUACUCCGUCGGCGUUUUAGCUCUAAGAAGACCAUUCUUUCAUAGGGUGUUAGACUACGAAGAUGAAUUCUUUGCUUUGCUAAUGCUGGUUCUUGAAACGCAUAGCUUACGAACAACAGAUGCUUCAUUUUCAGAAUCCUUGUAUGGUUUAAGAAGAAGAGCCGUAAAUAUAAAAGUAAAGGAAGAUGCUCGGUCUGUCCCUGGUGAUGGCAUUCAACAUAGAGGAUUAGAAAAGCAUCAAAAAGUUCUUUCUGUUGUUUUCUUGGUUGUAUUGCCUUAUUUCAAGUCAAAGUUGCAUUCAAUUUACAAUAAGGAAAGGGAAGCCAGGCUUCAAGCGAGUUUAUGGGGUGAUGAUAAUGAAAGGUUUGAUAAUGCUGAAAUUUAUGAUGUGAGAGGGGACCUCGUUGUGCCGACCAGAGCUUUGAGAGUUGAAGCAUCAGUAAGAGCACGAGUCAUAAAUAAAUUUCAGAAAAUUGUUGGUGCUUGUUACCCAUGGCUCCAUGCAAGUAGUGAAGGCCUAUCAUUUGCUUAUCAGCUGUUAUAUUUGUUGGAUGCUACUGGAUUCUAUACAAUUGGACUGCAGGUCAUUGGAGUUCAUGUCUGUCGGUCUACAGGACAAGAGCUGAUGGACACAUCGUCUAGAAUUUCAAAGAUACGAAGCCAUGAGCGUGAGAGACUACGUGGUCCUCCUUGGUUGAAGGCAAUACAAGGAGGGAUCCUCACUUGUUUGUACACGAUGCUUGAUUAUGCACAGACUGGACUAAUUGCAGCAGUAUUUUUCUUCAAAAUGAUGGAGUGGUGGUACCAAUCUGCUGAGGAACGAAUGUCUGCACCAACUGUAUAUCCCCCACCUCCACCACCUCCUCCUCCAAAGGUAGCCAAGGAAGGGAUUCCACUACCGCCCAACAGAACAAUCUGUCCUUUGUGCUCAGAGAAACGAGUUAAUCCAUCCGUCAUUACUGUAUCUGGCUUUGUAUUUUGUUAUACCUGCAUCUUCAAGUAUAUCUCACAGUAUAAGCGUUGCCCAAUCACGUUAAUGCCUGCAAAUGUUGAUCACAUCAGGAGGCUCUUCCAUGAUAUGUGAAGAACCCUAGGAACACUAUAAUGCAAGGAUUGAUGGCUGCCAUCUUCUCAAGGAUUCGGUAGGCUUCUUCUUGUCAAACCUUCAGCUUGAAGAGAUAAAUUUUACACUCGUUCAUUAUGUAGUUAAUUAUAUACUUGAUGGUUGAAAAUGUGUAAAUUAUAGAUUAAAUGGACUAGUCAUUGGUAAUAUGAUGUUUUCAAGGAUUAUAAUAUCGAUGGUGAUGGAAAURUUGAAGUCUUAAUCUUAGAUGGAUGUAUCAAUAAGAUAUUGUUGAGAUAUUCUUGAAAGAAUUAUUGAAAUCGAUAAUCUUUUUAAGAACUA